AUGGGCAAAGUCUGCAUCGAGUGCAAGUACCCGGUGCCAGUCCUCUACACCACCUCCCAGGCCGCCUACGACCGCAAAACAGGCAGUCCGGUACGCCUCACCCAAUGUCCGCGAUGCAAGCAUUUCGCCGACAAAUACGUCGAACAUGACUUCGUCGUCCUCUUCAUCGAUAUGGUUCUUAUAAAACCUCAGGUGUAUCGACAUCUGUUGUUCAAUCGGUUACAAGUCGCAGAAGACGAUAAACCAGACCGCUCUAUAAUCCGUCUCGGUGUCCUCCUUCUCCUCUUCGACGUCUAUCUAACCUGGGCACGUAUCGAGAAACAAGCACCAACCCCUUCCACCACUUCAACCCUCGGCAUCCUAAACCAGCAACCGAUAGUAAUCCAAUACAUCUUCUUCCUCCUUCUGUGUCUAACAGAAACAAUAAUCUUCCACUCCACUAUCCGAUUCAUUUCAUUCUACUACUACGGCUUCACGAAACCAAAUGCUGUCAGUACGGCUUUAUUAGUCAGCAGUUGUACGAAAUUAUUUCCGAUUUUGAUGGUUAUAUGGAAUUAUGAUGUUCCAGCGGCUGCAAAGAGCGUGGGGUGGGCGGUUGUGGUGAAUAAUUUGGAGGCCUUGAGGAUCCUGUUGGAUGUAUCGUACCCCAAAGCGGCGCUGCUGGCGUUCUCGGGUGCACUCGUGAGAUCACUCUCCACGAAUAUGAUAUUGUACUGGACCGGUCUACCGAUGUCCGGGUGGGGGUUCGAAGGGUGGGUAUAA